AUGCAGCCAGCCGUGUGCCGCAGGAUGCAAAGCAAGAUCAGCGGCGGGCGGAAACGGAUGAACGCUACGGGCGAACCUAUGCAGGUUGGCCUUGUUCCUGGCGAGCCGCUAAGUCCCGUGUCCGAGCGGACAACGGUCAAGAAACAGGAUGAAGUUCCCACCACUCCUAACGUGGAGUGCACGCGUGCGAAUCCUGCCACACCUGGGGUCUCAACGCCUGAAGAGACGUUGGCGCCUAAACCAUGCCGUGCAUUUCUCGGCUCACCAGGAGGCGCUAGCCUUGCAGAUUCGAAUGCGGCGGCUGACGAACCGGAGCAGGAAUUGAGGAAACUAUUCCAUGGCCGACACGAGGAGGCCCAUCGCAUGUUCGAUAAGGACAGGCAGCACGCACGAGCUGGUGAUGUCGUCCACUCGGAACAGAAUCGCCCACUGAGCUCCAUCAGCACCAGUGCUGGGCCGACUCCAAGUCCCGAUGGCCGAACGAGUCCUGGCUUCACCCCAUCCUCUGCUGGUCCAGGGCGGCGCGGAAACUACGCUGGCAAGUUGAGAGCUCUCCAAAGUGAUGCGGGGCGAGAUGUUUCCAAGGCUCUUCCCGCACAGGUUCGGAAGGUCUUUGUUGGUGGAAUUCCUCAGGAUAUGCAGCAGGAGGGCCUCACACAGCUCUUCAGCGAGUGGGCCCCAGUCAAAAAGGCUUGGGUGCAGCGCUUCAAAGAUGUCACCAAGUCGAAGGUGACCCAAACUACCCACAACCACCGUGGUUUUGGCUUCGUGAUUUUCCAUGACACCAGCGCUGUUGACCAGAUCCUGGGCAACGCAGACUCAAAGUUCAUUAAGACAAAAGAUGGGCACCACCAGCUUGAAGUGAAGCGUGCCAUCAGCAGCUCUGAGAUGCCUGAUGGCGCGAGGCAAGCCCCUGAUGACUCUAAUCCUUCAAAAGGACGUGGUUUUCAGCAAAAGUCGCCGCCCGUGGUCUCUGAGCCUGCGGGCCAUGCGCCUCAAGUCCAGCGCAUGGAUCAAGGUCAAGGUGCGCCGCAACAGAAUCUUCCACAGAAUUGUGGCUGGCCGUCUGGGGUGAUGCAGCCGCAACCGGCUGCCGCACAUCCAUGGCCAACAACUGGUGGGGAUGGCAUGCAACAGAUGCAGAAUCAGCAGGUACAACAACUAGUACCUGCCAUGGCAGGAUACCCGAUGGCCAUGCGCCCCCCUUGGCCUGGAAUGGUCAUGCAGACCAUGAAUUGGAUGCCCGCUGGGGCACCGUCCUAUGCAAUGCCUGCUGCUGCACAUAUGGUUCCGAUGGCGCAGUGCGGCGAUGGCAGCCAGCCAUCUGCCACGCAACAUUUCUUCAACACUGCGGCUCCGUUGCAAGCACCCAAUGCCUGGCAUAUGCAAAUGACGGCAGCAGCACCAUUUACACAGCCUCAGCCUAUUGCCGUUACCUCGGGGGUUUGGCAUGCGCCCAAUGGACAGCCAGCACAGUUUCCCAAUAAGUAA